CAAAGCCAGCAGCCUUUUGUAAAAAGCAGGCACACAGUGUGGCUUUAGGGCAGAUAGCAUAUGUGAAGCAGAAAGCCAAUCAUCUUUUCAUCAGCCGUGGCUGUGUGAAGUAGUGUGUGCUGUUUGUGACAUUUCCCGAACUGAGCUGUAUGACCUUUUAUAUCACAGAGCCUUUGAACUACCCCCACCAGAGGAUAAAACAGGGUGCAGAGGUGAAAGCAAAGGCAGGUGCCUCUCUGACUCUUUUGGAUUUGGCCAAAUAACUGCUGCUCCUUUUGGUUUCGAUGGAUAUUGAGUCAACGUGGCAUGCCCUUUGUUGAGUCUUUAUACCGAAGGCAAAGUCAGGAAAGAUGUGCAGCAGCAACAGUGUUAUUCAGGUCCAAAAGCUGGUGGAUCAACUUCGGGUGGAAGCGGACAAGGAGCGAGUAAAGAUCUCGCUGACUGCAGCGGACUUGGUCCGGUACUGCCAGGAGCAAAGGCGCCAUGACCCGCUGCUCGCCGGCAUCGCAGCCUCGUCCAAUCCUUUCAAAGAUAAGAAGAGCUGCGUGCUGCUGUGACGUUCCUGAGACGGGCCGAGGACACGGACACCUCCUCCGGGCGUACGACCCAAAGAGAAAUAUAAAGUUCUUAGAGAGGCCAUUUGUCUUCUGCCUACCACUGAGAUAGUGCUUCUGCCUUGCUUAACGCCUUCUAUUCAAAAACAUAGUUGAGGAAGAAAUGAAUUGUUUGCCUUUUUACAAAGUUGUUGUUGUUACAUUGAAAGGCUUUGUUUUACGUUGCUUCUUUACAUGACAAAAUACAUUUUGUAAGAGGGUUUGAUUUCAACCUUCUGAUCGUAAGGCAUUACUUGAGUCACCUGACUGAAGUAAAC